UGCAAUUUACCCAGUAUGCAUCUACCAUUUAUUAUUAAUCAAGUGAAUUGAAGUUAAUAACUGAAUUAAUUUGGCAUUCGUUCAGAUACCAUAUCAAGUGACCGGGACUACCGAUUACUCUAGAUGGUUCUAUGGGAAUUGAGAAAGGUUCCAACGACGAAGAUAGAGUGGACACUAACCACUAAAUGAGUAGUUAUCACUAGAACUCGAAAAAUGAAAAAUGACACGAAACAAAAGAAAAAGACACGAAUAGUAAAGCCAACUUCCUCCAGUUAAGUCCCCAUCAAAUGACCGGUUGAAAAUCACCCCAAAACAGCAACAAAAUUACUACUGCGUUGUACAUGUUCUUGCACGCAACCCAUUUGCAAACGUGCACUACUACAGCACUCAACCAGCUCAGUCCUCAAGAAUGUGAAUAUAUAAUAACCUCAUAAAUAGAACAGUAAACCGCAACCACAACCUAAUGAAGAGAAGACUUAACGUAUCUGCGUACAUAGAAUCCAAAAUGAAUAUUGCCCACAUUCCUACGGCAGCAACAUAUGGCUUGUUCGUAGUGGUGUUGGUGGGAGGCUGCUGGGUGAUUGCGGAGGAGGAAACCUAUCGAUUCAAUGGCCAUGACAUUACUGCAUACUGGGGGUCUGAACACUUCAACAUAUCCAACCAAGGAACUCAAGUUGAGCUUUUCAUGGAUCGUUAUUCUGGUGCUGGAUUCACAACCAAACGGAGCUAUGGGUCUGGUUUUUUCCAAAUGCGGAUCAAGGCUCCCCGGAGAAACUCCGCCGGAGUUGUCACUGCAUUCUAUCUAACUUCGGUCGGGGAGGCCCAUGAUGAAUUGGACUUUGAGAUAUUGGGGAACGAAGAGUCGAGGCCCAUCAGACUAAACACCAACAUAUUCAUAGACGGCUACGGAAACAGGGAGAAAACGGUCCAUCUCAGCUGGUUUGACCCCACCGCUGACUUUCACAAUUACACUCUCCUCUGGAACCACCGCCAGAUCGUAUUUUUCGUGGAUGAAGUUCCAGUAAGGGUGAUGAGGAAGGUCGACGGGAAAUCGUACCCUGCGACGAGGCCAAUGUGGUUGCAGGCCAGCCUGUGGAAUGGAGAGCCUUGGGCCAUGGACACGGACCAGAAAGAAAUCGACUGGGCCUACGGACCGUUCCGGGCCUACUUCAAGGAUUUCAGCGUCGACGGUUGUCCCGUGGACGAUGAAGGUUCCGAUUUAGCGUCGUGUUCUUCGCCGGAGUAUUGGUGGAAUGCCGAGAAAUAUUGGACACUCGACGAGGGACAGCAGAAGGCGUACGAGCAUGUCCUCGAGCAUUACCAAACCGCUGACUACUGCGUCGACAGACCCCACCCUCCCGAGUGCGGCCUGUAACUAGAGUGUAUAUGGAUCACAUUUUUAUAUCGAAAAGUAGACACGGGCUAACAACAGAUCGUGAUACUGAGUAGUUGGAUCAUAUUCUCUUAUCAUAAAAAUGAGUGCAUGUGCGGUAAUACCAAUUAUGAAAAAACCGUCAAUCCACAUGUGAUGCGUUGAACAAUAACAGUUAUGUACCAUAUUCAGUAGUUAGCUAGACGACUCUUACAUUUUUAAUAACCUUGAACUUCAAAUGUAUGUACGACUUUGGACAACAUAAAUUUGAAUAAAGGUGAACUAUACACGAACUAGAUGUGAUAUACUGAUAUACAUACCGUUAAUCUAUUAUGAUUUUCAUAAUAUAUGAUUUGAGCCGGG